GUCAAAAUGGUGAUGAUUCCUCAUUAAACUCAUCAAAAAGUUCAAGUGGUGCGAUAAGUAAAAAACAACGAAAAGCUCGAACAGCUUUUACCGACCUUCAAUUACAAACGUUAGAGAAAAGUUUCGAACGUCAAAAAUACCUCAGCGUUCAAGAUCGAAUGGAAUUAGCGGCUAAAUUGAGUUUAACCGAUACUCAGGUCAAAACGUGGUAUCAAAAUAGAAGAACUAAAUGGAAACGACAAACGGCUGUCGGAUUAGAAUUAUUAGCUGAAGCUGGAAAUUAUGCAGCUUUUCAACGAUUAUACGGAGCACCACCUUACGGUUGUUGGUAUCCUCCUCAAUCAGGACCAAGCGCAGCCCCGAGUGCAGCUGAUUUAUAUUACAGACAGGCGGCGGCUGCGGCUGCUGUAACGCUCCAGAAACCGUUACCUUAUCGAUUAUAUCCCCCGGGAAUGGGAUUGGGUAUCCCAGGACCUAGUGCUCACCUAAACAGUUUAGCAGCAAGCAGUUCAUUGACCAAUUUAUCGAAUUAUUAUGGUGGUGGUCAAACGACGGAAUCAACAGCACCACGAUCUCCAAGCCCGGACACACCACUCGAUCCGGGUUCUCCCGGAUCGGGAGGAAGAAGGACGCCAAGUGACGAUGAGGACACUAUACACGUGUAAAAUAAAUAUUUAAGAAGAUAUUUAAGAAGAUGAAACGUAGUGGUGGUGUGCAAAAUGAGACUUAAAAAUAAUUUCGAAAAAAUUUCGGAACGAAGAAGAGUAUAUGUUAUCGAUAGUGCUGACAGUUUUUGAAUUGUGAUAUCACGGACGUUUAUGUACAGACGGUUGUUAAUUUAUUCGAGGAACUUUUUGUUUCGUUUUUUAAUUUUUUUCAGUCCGCGCUUUUCGGUGUUUUCCGUGUCUCCACGUCCAUCCGGCGAAGUGUCAAAAACCGUCACAUUCCGUUGGUUUCGGCGUGAAUCUCCCCUCCCCAUUUUACAUUUUUCUUUUUUUAAUUUUUCGUGUAAAUCACACUUCUGUAUUUUUGUGUAUAAAUUUUGAAACGAUUAAACGAAGAUUAAGUUUAACAA